CGCCACGCCGAGUCCCCUUAUCUUCCUCUGCUGGAUCAGCUAUGGCGGCAGUGAAGACCCUGAACCCCAAGGCUGAGGUGGCCCGAGCCCAGGCGGCGUUGGCGGUCAACAUCAGCGCGCCCCGGGGGCUGCAGGACGUGCUGAGAUCCAACUUGGGGCCUAAGGGCACCAUGAAGAUGCUUGUUUCUGGUGCUGGAGACAUCAAACUCACUAAAGAUGGAAAUGUGCUGCUUCAUGAAAUGCAAAUUCAGCACCCAACAGCCUCCUUAAUAGCCAAAGUAGCAACAGCCCAGGAUGACAUAACUGGUGAUGGUACCACUUCCAACGUCCUCAUCAUUGGAGAGCUGCUGAAGCAGGCGGAUCUCUACAUUUCUGAAGGUCUUCAUCCCAGAAUAAUUACAGAAGGAUUUGAAGCUGCAAAGGAAAAGGCACUUCAGUUUUUAGAACAAGUCAAAGUAAGCAAAGAGAUGGACAGGGAAACACUUAUAGACGUGGCCAGAACAUCUCUACGAACUAAAGUUCAUGCUGAACUUGCUGAUGUCUUAACAGAGGCCGUAGUGGACUCCAUUUUGGCCAUUAAAAAACAAGAUGAACCUAUUGACCUCUUCAUGGUUGAGAUCAUGGAGAUGAAACAUAAAUCUGAAACAGAUACAAGCUUAAUCAGAGGCCUUGUUUUGGACCAUGGGGCACGGCAUCCUGAUAUGAAGAAGAGAGUAGACGAUGCAUACAUCCUCACGUGCAACGUGUCAUUAGAAUAUGAAAAAACAGAAGUGAAUUCUGGCUUUUUUUACAAGAGUGCAGAGGAGAGAGAGAAGUUAGUGAAAGCUGAAAGGAAAUUCAUCGAGGACAGAGUUAAAAAAAUAAUCGACCUGAAAAAGAAAGUCUGUGAUGAUUCAGAUAAAGGAUUUGUUGUUAUUAAUCAAAAGGGAAUUGAUCCCUUUUCCUUAGAUGCUCUUGCCAAAGAAGGCAUUAUAGCUCUGCGCAGAGCUAAAAGGAGAAACAUGGAAAGGCUGACUCUUGCUUGUGGUGGGAUAGCCCUAAAUUCUCUUGAUGACCUGAAUCCUGAUUGUUUGGGACAUGCAGGACUUGUCUAUGAAUAUACAUUGGGAGAAGAGAAGUUCACCUUUAUUGAGAAAUGUAACAAUCCUCGCUCUGUCACAUUAUUGAUCAAAGGAACAAUUAAGCACACGCUUACUCAAAUCAAAGAUGCAAUAAGAGAUGGCUUGAGGGCGGUUAAAAAUGCCAUUGAUGAUGGCUGUGUAGUCCCAGGUGCUGGUGCAGUGGAAGUGGCGAUGGCAGAAGCCCUGGUUAAAUACAAGCCCAGUGUAAAGGGCAGGGCCCAGCUUGGAGUUUAGGCAUUUGCUGAUGCAUUGCUCAUUAUUCCCAAGGUUCUUGCUCAGAAUUCUGGUUUUGACCUUCAGGAAACACUAGUUAAAGUUCAAGCAGAACAUUCAGAAUCCGGUCAGCUUGUGGGUGUGGACUUGAACACUGGUGAACCAAUGGUAGCAGCAGAAGCAGGCAUAUGGGAUAACUAUUGUGUAAAGAAACAGCUUCUUCACUCCUGCACUGUGAUUGCCACCAACAUUCUCCUGGUUGAUGAGAUCAUGAGAGCUGGAAUGUCUUCUCUAAAAGGUUGAAUUGAAGCUUCCCUUGUAUCUGAAUCCUGAAGACUACAGAGUGAUCCUAAUAAUACAGCUAUGGAAUUUUGGUCCAAGCUUCAAAUGAUCUUCAAAGGAUUUCCUUUUCCCAUAUUAAAAAAGAGAACACUGGCACCUAUUCAGAUUCUGAAGUUC